AUGCCCCCUCCUGCACCUCCUCCUGACAGCCUGGGACUGGGGCCGUCUCGCCACGAAGCAGAAGCAGCGGCGGCGGCAGCGGAGGCAGCAGAGCGGGGGAGCAGCAUGGGGUCGACGGGGAGGGGGAAGCCGUCGGGAUCCAGAGGCGGGUCUAGCGGCCAAUCGCUGAACCCUGUUUCGCGCCUCCCUUCCCGGCCUUCCCGCCCUUCUCUCCCCUCCCUGCCUUCUCUGGCGCUGUCUCUGUCUCGGCCGCUUUCUCUUGCAUCUCUCCCAUCCCUUCCAUCCCACUCCUCCCUGCCCUCCCUCCACUCCCUGGCUUCUCUCCCUUCCAUCCCUUCUCUCCCCUCUCUUCCCUCUCUACCUUCUCUUCCCUCUCUCCAAUCUCCUGCCUCCCUACCUUCCCUCCCCUCUCUCGUUCUCUCCUCUCCCUCCCUCCACAAUCCACGUCCUCCCGAAUUGCUUUCCCUUUCCCUCUCCUUCUCUCUCUCCCUCUCCCACCCGCUCGAUCCCUCCCUCACUUCUCUCCCUCCUACCCCCCCUCGCUCCUCCCUGCUCCCCCUACCAAUCCCGCCCUCCUCACUGUCCUCCUCCCCUUCCACACUGCUCAUCCGCCCCCUCCCCUUCUCCACGGCCCGUCUGCUCCCUUCCCUCCUCUCACUCCCUUCCCUCCUCUCACUUGCUUCCCUCCUCUCACUCCCUUCCCUCCGCUCAUUCCCCUCCCUCCUUUCACUCCCUUCCCUCCUCUCGCUCCCCUCCCUCCUCUCGCUCCCCUCCCUCCUCUCGCUCCCCUCCCUUCUCUCACUCCCUGCCCGCCUGUCCACACUCUCAGCUCUCUUCUUCUCAUCUUUCUUCCCCUCCUCCCCCUUACCCCUCUUGCUCUCUUCCCCCUUCUCUCUCUUGCUGUCCUCUCCCUUGCCUCUCCUGCUCUCUUCUUUUUUCUCUCGUUUCCCUUCCUCUCCCUUUUCCCUCCUCCCCUCCCCCUUUUCCCUCCUGCCCUCCUCUCCCUUCUCCUGCCCUACAUCAAAAGACGAACUCGAGUUCCUUCUGUGGACUCCUCUCCUUUACUCUCCUCCCCCGUUAUCUCCUGAUGCUCCCUCCGCUCCUGAUCCUGCUCCCUCCGAACCUUUUGGCUAG